CCUGGACCCCCCCGGACCCCCUGGACCCCCGGACCCCCCUGGACACGUGAGAGCCGCGUGCGCCGCUCCUGCAUGCUGAACUAGAGCCUGUCAGGCACGUGAUCUGUGACGUCACAGUCCGGGUCCGAGCGGAGCUUCGGCCCAACAACAUGCGCGAACCGGACCGGACCGGCCCGGCCAGUUCCGUCACAGAACCGUGGGAGAACCAGUGUUUUAUCUGAGGAUUUAUCUGAGGAUUAUUCUGAGGAAACACGGUUCCUUCUCUUCUUCUGACUGAUUGAGACUGGAAUUGAUCAGAGAAACUGAUUCCCUGAUCUGAACCAUGAAUGAAGUUAGCAUCGUCAGGGAGGGCUGGCUGCACAAACGAGGCGAGUACAUCAAGACGUGGAGGCCGCGGUACUUCAUCCUGAAGAGCGACGGCUCCUUCAUCGGCUACAAGGAGAAGCCGGACCUGAGCGAGCUGGCGUCCCCCCCCCUCAACAACUUCUCCGUGGCAGAAUGCCAGCUGAUGAAGACGGAGCGGCCGAAGCCGAACACCUUCGUGAUUCGCUGCCUGCAGUGGACGACGGUGAUCGAGAGAACGUUCCACGUGGAGAACAGCGGCGAGCGGGAGGAGUGGAUGAAGGCCAUCCAGUCGGUCACCAACAGCCUGAAGAUGCAGGACGAGGACGAGGAGCCGAUGGACGUGUUGGGUUCUCCCAGCGAGUGCAGCCUGGAGGAGAUGGAGGUGGUGAUGAACAAGAGCAGCAACAAAGUGAACAUGAGUGAUUUCGAGUACCUGAAGCUCCUGGGGAAGGGAACGUUCGGGAAGGUGAUUCUGGUGAAGGAGAAAUCCAGCGGAGUUCACUACGCCAUGAAGAUCCUGCGCAAGAUGGUGAUCAUCGCCAAGGAUGAAGUUGCCCACACCGUCACGGAGAGCCGAGUCCUGCAGAAUACCAGACACCCGUUUCUCACGACGCUGAAAUACGCCUUCCAGACCCACGACCGGCUCUGCUUCGUCAUGGAGUACGCUAACGGGGGAGAGCUCUUCUUCCACUUGUCCCGGGAGAGAGUCUUCACGGAGGAUCGAGCUCGUUUCUACGGAGCCGAGAUCGUGUCUGCGCUGGAAUAUCUGCAUUCUCACGACGUGGUCUACCGGGACCUGAAGCUGGAGAAUCUGAUGCUGGACAAAGACGGACACAUGAAGAUCACGGACUUCGGUCUCUGUAAAGAGGGAAUCACUCCCGACGCCACCAUGAAGACGUUCUGUGGAACUCCGGAGUACCUGGCUCCCGAGGUCCUGGAGGACAGCGACUACGGCCGGGCCGUGGACUGGUGGGGUCUGGGCGUGGUCAUGUACGAGAUGAUGUGUGGACGCCUGCCGUUCUACAACCAGGACCACGAGAGGCUGUUUGAGCUGAUCCUGAUGGAGGAGAUCCGGUUCCCCCGGAACCUGACGCCCGAGGCCCGGGGCCUGCUGGCCGGGCUGCUGAAGAAGGACCCCAAGCAGAGGCUCGGCGGAGGCCCUGAAGACGCCAAAGAGGUCAAAGGUCACAAGUUCUUCACCUCCAUCAGCUGGACGGACGUGGAGCAGAGGAAGCUGCCCCCCCCCUUCAAACCUCAGGUUUCCUCGGAGACGGACACGCGAUACUUCGACGAGGAGUUCACGGCCCAGACCAUCACACUCACGCCUCCGGACAAGUGUCCGAACACAGACGUCGAUAAUCCCAGUCAGGAAGCUCAUUUCCCCCAGUUCUCCUACUGCGCUAGUGUCAGGGAGUGAUAUGUCACUCUCUCACACACACACACACACACACACACACACACACACACACACACACACACACACACACACACACACACACAUGGAAACACACACAUACACCCAUAUAUACACACACACACACUCUCUCUCUCACACACACACACACACACACACACACACACACACACUCAGACCUCCAGAGGAUCAAGUGCCUUGGUUUCCUGCUGAGCUGUGAUGUCAUCAGCUGUGAUGUCAUCAGCUGUCCUGUGGAGCCGGGUGGAGGCUCCGCCUCCUCCAGCUCUGGCUCCGCCUCCUUCACGUCCACCUGGACGGUUCCCGGUGACGUGUUUGUUACUCAGAUAAAUGUCAUUAAAACUGUGAUAAAUAAA